GGAACAUGCUUCCUUGGACAAACAGCAAAAGAGAUCUAACUUCGACCUCAGACAACCAUACCACACACAGCAUAUAAGACCAUGGAAACCAUGCCUCGACGCCACCCCCACCAUGACCAUGCGACGGCCUUUCGACGAGGACGCUUGCUGUAUGUGAACAUGAUGGUCCUCGCCACGGCGGCACUGGCGUGUGCCUUGCAAGCGACCUUUAGUUGCCAAUUUGCCCAACGGCAGAUUGAACCGUAUCCACAAUACGAUGUCAAGGACAUGUGCAAUGCUACCUAUUUCACGACCCUCGAUACCAUGCAGGCAUGUACGGCAUUCUUUAACAGUCCCGGGAUUGGAUUCUAUCAUUGGCACGCCACCACCAUGUAUGGCGAAAGUGUUUGUUUCAGUUACGACAUGCCCGUACCGUUACUGGGAUGGGUCCGACCCCAAUUUGAUACCGCCUUUCACGCUGCCUUUGGAUUUUCCAUUGUCUCGUUUUGCUUUUUAUUUUUUGGGUGGUUCACCAUUGUCAUGGCCACUUGUUGUCCCAUGGAACGACACAAUAUCAAGGGUGUCUCGAUCUAUUUUGGAAUUGCUACGCUCUGUCAGGCACUUUCCUUUCUAAUCUUUGCCAGCAAUGUCUGUGCACCGGGAUUCUUUCAUCAGUAUUUUCCACUCGUCAACCUCCAAGAGUUUGUACAAGAUGUCCAUUGUUCCUUGGGAGGAGGAUCCAUUCUCGGAAUUGCCGCCACGUGUCUCUCCUUUGCCUGCAUGAUACUGGCACCCAUUUCCAUUCCCGUGACGCCCUUUGGAUAUCAAAAUGAACAGGAAAAGCCAUGGCAAGACGACGACGAAGAAGCGCCACUGGUACCCCGCAACCAAAAAGGACCCCUCAAAAUUAUUAUUGCCGGAGCACCUGCCAGUGGAAAAGGAACUCAGUGUGAAGUCAUCCAGGAGAAAUUUGGAGUGGUACAUCUUUCUACAGGAGACAUGCUGCGAGCUGCCGUGGCAGCGGGGACCAAAGUGGGGACACAAGCCAAAGAAUACAUGGAUUCGGGAAGACUGGUUCCAGAUCAUGUCAUUAUUGGAGUGGUCAAAGACAGGCUCAGUCAACCGGAUUGCCAACAACAAGGCUGGUUACUGGAUGGGUUCCCCAGAACGGAGGCACAAGCCAAGGCGCUGGAAGAGGAAGGUAUCACUGCAGAUGUAUUCUUGUUCCUCAAUGUACCAGGUGAAGUCUUGGUGGAACGAGUUGUGGGGCGUCGUACAGAUCCAGUAACUGGCAAGAUUUAUCACAUGACAUUCUCACGUCCAAAUGAUCCAGAAGUAGAGGCUCGGUUGGAACAGAGGAGUGAUGAUACAGAAGAAAAGGUCAAAGUUCGACUGCAACAAUUUCAUGCCAAUGUGGAUGCUGUAAAGGACAGCUACACUGACAUUAGUGUCAUUAUUGACGGCAACAGAUCACCAGCCUUGGUAUCGGAGAAUGUUGUUGCUGCAAUCCACACAAAGGUCUCUCCAAGAGCCAUCAAAAUCAUCAUUGCUGGAGCACCUGCCAGUGGAAAAGGAACCCAGUGCGAAGUCAUCAAGGAGAAGUUUGGGGUGGUACAUCUUUCCACAGGGGACAUGCUGCGAGCCGCAGUAGCAGCAGGAACCAAAGUGGGAAAAGAAGCCCAAGAGUAUAUGGAUUCGGGAAGACUGGUGCCGGAUGAUGUCAUUAUUGGAGUGGUCAAAGACAGGCUAAGCCAACCUGAUUGCCAACAACAAGGCUGGCUAUUGGAUGGGUUCCCCCGAACACAGGCACAAGCCAAGGCACUGGAAGAGGCAGGUAUCGUAGCAGAUGUAUUCUUGUUCCUCAAUGUACCGGAUGAAGUCUUGGUGGAACGAGUUGUGGGCCGCCGUACAGAUCCGGUUGACGGCAAGAUUUAUCACAUGGUAUUCUCACCACCAAACAAUCCAGAAGUAGAGGUUCGUUUGGAACAGAGGAGCGAUGAUACAGAGGAAAAGGUCAAAGUGAGGCUGCAACAAUUUCAUGCCAAUGUGGAUGCUGUAAAAGACAGCUACACAGAAAUCAGUGCCAUUAUUGAUGGCAACAGAUCACCGUCGUUAGUGUCUGAAAAUGUCAUUGAUGCGAUUCAUGCAAGGCUGUCUCCUGUGUAA